CGGGGAAAGUGCGAAACUGCCUGCCCCCAAAUAAUGUGCAGUAAAGGAUUACUUGAGUUCAGUCAGAAAUCAGUCACAUAGUUCAAUCUUUAACCAGCUAAAGUUAAUCUUCUGUAGCGGAGACCUGCUCUGUCUGCACGGACGUCUGAGGAAUGGCGUUGGUUUUACUCGGAGGACGUUUCUUUACACGCAGAACUGACGUUAAGAGAGUCAUGACAGCGAUCCAGCCGUACUGCUCGUCGGUGGCCUCAGGCAGGCAGCAUGUUAAUGGCGUGGAUCUGUACUACGAGCAGACGGGCAGAGGGAAACACGCUGUGCUGUUGUUUCCUGGUGCUCUGGGGUGCACUCGGACUGAUUUUGGACCUCAGCUGAAGUCUCUGAAUAAGGAACGCUUCACUGUAGUGGGAUGGGAUCCCCGUGGCUACGGACACUCUCGCCCCCCAGACAGAGACUUCCCCCCCGACUUCUUUGAGAGGGAUGCAAAGGACGCAGUGGAUCUGAUGAAGGCAUUGGGCUUUGGCAAGUUCUCUCUGCUGGGGUGGAGUGACGGAGGAAUCACCGCCCUGAUUGCCGCAGCGAAGAACCCCGAUCUGAUCAGAAAGAUGGUUGUAUGGGGAUCCAAUGCCUUCGUUUCCCAGCAGGACCUCGAGCUUUACACAGCGGUACGUGAUGUCUCCAAGUGGAGUGCGAGGAUGAGGCAGCCCAUGGAGGAGGUGUAUGGAGCUAAAGUCUUCGCUGAAACCUGGGAGGCCUGGGGGGAUGGGAUUGCACAGUUUGCAAAAAGACCAGAAGGGAGUAUCUGCCUGGAGCUUCUGCCCCUCAUCAGCUGUCCCACCCUCAUCAUCCAUGGAGAGAAAGACCCCAUGGUGCCCAGCUUCCACCCACAACGCCUCCUUAAACACAUCAAGGGAUCACGAUUACACUUGAUGCCAGAGGGUAAACACAAUCUCCACCUGAGGUACGCUGAUGAAUUCAACCAACUGGUGGAAGAAUUUCUGAAAGACUGAUCAAUUAAUUAACACUGUGAAGUAACGCCGUAUCAUUUUGUGGAGAAGAACCUGUGACUAAUCCUUGCAUACAUUUACACUAAAAGACUUAAUUUCGUUAUUGAUUAUUUAAUUUGUACUCUGUUUUCACGAGGCAUCAAUUGUUAAAUACUGUAUACUUUACCUUUUUAAAAUUGAAUGUAAAACAUUUCUGUAAUUUUAUUUAUAAAGUUAUAUUAUAUAACUCAGUAACAUUUUCUGUAAUUGUGGCUAAUUUAAGGCUAACGUGGCAGUGAAAUUAUUUUUAACAAGGCUGCAACAUUAGCUGCUAG